AGUAGAAGGGAACAUAUCACUCCAUAAGCAAAAAUAUCACAAGUCCUACAUUUUUUGCCCUGCCUUUCCUAAGUUUUCCGAGCGCAUUGAACGCACCAGAGUAGCAUGGUUUUGGUUACAGGGAAGCGGAUUGUGGCUGCAGGAGAACUUCCAUGCGUGGAGAUGCGUUUAUCUGAAACAAACUGAAAAGCUGAACCAUGGCCAACAUUCAGAUCAGAAAGUUCCAGGAUGAGGAUGCUGAGAGUGUGAAGGAAAUCUUCACAUUUGGAAUGAAUGAACACUUGCCUUCGUCCUUCAUGCACAUCCUGAAACAGCCGCUGACCCAGAUGCUGCUCAUGUGCACGUUCUGCGCUCUGAUGGCCAGCUCCAAGUCCUUCCUGCUACCCAUCUUGGCAGUCACCCUCCUCGUGGCUGGAGCCCGGCAGAUGAUUGUCCACAUGUUCAGCAGUUACAUAGACAUCUCGUUGAAGAAUGACCUCAACAACAUCAGCGAAGCCUACCUGAAGAAUGUGAACUCAUGUUUUUGGGUGGCGGAAAGCGAUGGUCAGGUGGUUGGCACGGUGGCUUGUCUUCCUGCUGAGACUACACCUGAGUGUCUGGAGCUGAAACGCAUGGCGGUGCAGCGCAGUCACCGCGGGAUGGGCAUCGCCAAGGCUCUCUGUCGGACAGUAGCAGAUUUUACUCGUGACCGAGGUUAUGCUGCUGUCAUCCUCUACACCUCAAUGGUUGCAACAGAUGCUCAGAAACUGUACGAGCACAUGGGCUACAAGAGAAUAAGAGAGUUUGUUUUACCAGAGUUUUUUGCCAAAAUCAUCAACUUCACGCUGUUUGAGUACAGACUUGAUUUGCAGCAAGAUGGAGAAAAAGACUGACACAAAAUUGUAUGACAGAGUGGCGGUAUCAUCCAUAUGUUUAGUUUUUUUUUCUUUUCUCAGCUUUAAAAGCACUUAAGUCAGACAUCAUAAGCUACAGAUUUUCUCCUGUUUUUUUUAAAAGGUUCUGUAUGUAAAAUAUGAACCUGCCUUUCAAAUAGAAUAGAAUAGAAAUACUUUAUUAAUCCCUUUGGAGAGUCCUCAGGGAAAUUUGGGAUAAUAAAGAUAUAAAAUAACAAAUAGUAAAAUAUUUAUUUUUAUCUCUUUUUUAAUCUCUUUUAUUUAUUUUCAAACAAUGGAAAAUUGAAAAUUUUCAAACAAUUUUCAACAAUAAAGAGCUCCAUUGCACUUCACACAACCAUAUAGAAUAGGAAGAAGCAGUGAGCAAAAAUUCUAUGCACAAUAUUUGUACAAUGACAACCCAAAGCCCUAAAAGAAAGAAGGAACAAAGACAAACCAUAAAACAACAAAUCCUCAAUGCAAAUUUGACCUCUUUUGAAAAGAACAGAACGAUACAUUUUUCCUUUCAGAAUAUAAUUUCUCAGUCCCAUUCAAAGAUUUUAAAUUCAGUAUUUGUGUAAUCGCAAAGAUACUGCUGUACCUUUUGAAAUAUCUUCGUUACGCUACCAACAUACUCAGAAAGGGUUAAAUUAACAGACACCCAAAUA